AUGACUGGAAAACUCACUUGGUUCGUGACGGGUUGCUCCUCUGGCAUGGGAGAAUGCCUGGUCCGGGCGAUCCUUGCGGCGGGUGAUCAAGUGAUUGCAACAGCUAGGGCGCGAGACUCGGAUGCUCUUGAUCGCAUAGCUCCACUUAAGGAGGCAGGAGCCGCUGUGAUGGAAUUAGAUGUCACGGCAUCAGCGGAAGUGCUCAAUGCUAAAGCUAAAGAAGCGUGGGAAAUAUACGGGAAAAUCGACGUCCUUGUCAACAAUGCUGCCUACAUUGAUGCGGGUAUAUUUGAAGAGAUUGAUGAAGCAUUCCUUACCCAUGCCAUCCACACCAAUGCCAUUGGUCCUCUCAAUCUUACACGUUCCUUCCUUCCAUAUAUGCGGGAGAGGCGGACUGGGACUAUCAUCUUUAUGUCAUCUGUGGGUGCUUACUACGGUGCACCGGGCGCCAGCGCAUACGCAGGUUCGAAGGGUUUACUCGAAGGACUAGUGCCUAACCUCAGUUUGGAAAUCGAGCCAUUUGGCCUCCGAACCUGCAUGGUCACACCUGGUUACUUUCGUACCAGUGUUAUGACACCAGGCAAUAUUCUGUACCGAGCACCGAACCCAUUGCCGGAAUAUGUGGAGACGAAUCUGCUGGUUAAGGCAGGCUGUGAUGCUGCGGAUGGGAAUCAGCCCGGGGAUCCUCUCAAAGCGGGUGCCUUGAUAGUAGACGCCGUCAGAGGUGAGGGUCAAUGUACAGGCAAAGAACUUCCCUUUAGGCUUCCAUUAGGACCUGACGCAAUAAGUGCGAUAAGAGAAAAUUCUCAGGCAAAGCUAAAGAUCUGUGAUGAGUGGGAGGACCUUGCAUCUGCUACCAAUUUUUAA